UGACUUGACUAUUCAGUUUACCGCUGAACGCCGUACCGAAAGGAGGUCCUGCGAGCGAUUUGUUAGUUUAAUCAAAUAAAAAUAUUAAACGUUAAAUAUAUUAUUCAUAAAUCUGAGAUCUGUUGAUAUUUUAGUGCAAAGAUACUGCGGCGGAACUAAAAUUUGGGAUUUUAAGUGUCAAUUUUAGUGUUUACUAGUCAAAAUGGCCAUCCACAUCAAAGACUCUGACGACCUGAAGACCAGGCUGUCAGAAGCCGGCGAGAAGCUGGUCGUGAUCGACUUCAUGGCCACGUGGUGCGGACCCUGCAAGAUGAUUGGCCCCAAGCUUGAGGAGCUUGCCAACGAGCUGGCUGAUUCCAUCGUUGUACUUAAGGUCGACGUAGACGAGUGCGAAGACAUCGCAACAGAGUACAACAUUAACGCAAUGCCGACUUUCGUCUUCGUCAAGUCGUCCAAAAAGAUCGAAGAGUUCUCCGGAGCCAAUGUGGAGAAACUGAAGAACACCAUCUUGAAACUCAAGUAAAAAACUUGAAACUUGCAAUGCGAUCAAAUUAAAAAUAGGAACGUCAACGGCCUGUCAACUGUCAAUAUAGACUAAAAAACAACUGGAUUUGACCUGUACCAGAGAUAAGGAAAAAAAGAAAUAUAUAUAUUAUACCUAUACAUAUAUAUAAAAGACAUUCAGAUGAAUCUUUGAAGAUUAAA